AUGUCGGAGGAAGAUAAAGUCGGGCAUUUGCUAAAAGGAGUGGCUGAGGACGUCUACACUUUUCUAAUCGGAAAAGAUACCCUCAGUUCUGUGUCCGACUUCAUUCGGCACUGCAGAACUUUUGAAACGUUGAAGAUGCGUCGGAUCACGCCAAAGUUUGGUCGGCUGGCUAACGUGACGACUGUUGCCAGUGUAGACACGAGCCCUUGCCUCGACAUUUCCUCGACCAUUCGACAGAUUGUCCGCGAGGAACUCUCCCGCCAAGAAAUGCUGCGUUCAACUGCCGACCAUCAUGAGGUGUACACGCCACCUGGUCUCCUCCAGCCGAUGCCACCUCCAAGCACACCUUUCCAACAAGUGGGCAUUGACUUCCUGGGCCCUUUUCCAAAAACGGCCAAGGGCAACCGUUGGAUAAUUGAACUUCGUCGCAAGUGCCAAGACUUCGCGACAGCGCUACUGGACCACACGCGCACCUCGUACGAGCUGGAGGUGCUGCUCAACUACGACCCGACGGGUCCAGCCUUCGAGCACGGCGACCGCAUGCACCUCACCCGCCUCAAGAUGGCCAUACGCUUCAAGCAGAAAAAGUUCUGCGCUCACCCGAACGUGCAGCAGCUGCUGGCGUCCAUCUGGUACGAGGGCCUGCCGGGUUUCCGGCGCAAGAACAUCAUCCUGCAGUCGAUGCAGAUCCUCAAGAUCGGCCUACUCUUCCCCGUCUACUCGGUCGCCUACAUCGUGGCGCCGCACUCGAACUUCGGCCGCACACUCCGAAAACCCUUCAUCAAGUUCAUCUGCCAUUCGGCUUCAUACGUCACCUUCCUAUUUCUGCUGAUGCUGGCAUCGCAGCGCAUCGAGACCGUCGUGGUUGAGUGGUUUGGAACAGACGAGAUGAACAGAAAGUGCGCAGACAUCACGACCAAAAGAGGAGCAAGUCCUAGCAUAGUCGAGUGGAUUAUUCUGGCCUGGGUGAUAGGUUUAAUAUGGAGUGAAAUGAAGCAGCUAUGGGAUCUGGGUCUUAUAGAAUACGUCGGUGACAUGUGGAACAUAAUAGAUUUCAUAACAAAUUCCUUGUACGUCGCCACCGUUGCACUACGGGUGAUAGCCUAUUUACAGGUUCAAAAAGAGAUUGCUCAGAACACUGGGACCGCGUACCUUCCCCGAGAAAAAUGGGAUGCCUGGGACCCCAUCCUGAUCGCCGAAGGCCUUUUCGCCACAGCCAAUAUCUUCAGCUCCUUGAAACUGGUGUACAUCUUCUCGGUGAACCCUCACCUGGGACCCCUGCAGAUCUCCCUGGGCCGCAUGGUCAUCGACAUCGUCAAGUUCUUCUUUGUGUACACCUUGGUGCUGUUCGCGUUCGCGUGCGGCAUGAACCAGCUCCUCUGGUACUACGCGGACAGCGAGCGCCAGCUGUGCCACAAACUCAACCGCGACGGCGCGCCGGUCAAGAGCGACCACAGCGUCUGCUUCACCUGGAGGCGAUUCGCAAACCUCUUCGAGUCAUCGCAGACUCUGUUCUGGGCGAGCUUCGGUCUGAUCGACCUGGACAACUUCGAACUGUCGGGGAUCCAGAGCUACACUCGCUUCUGGGGACUGCUGAUGUUUGGCUCCUACUGCGUCAUCAACGUGGUCGUGCUCCUCAAUCUACUCAUCGCCAUGAUGAACCACUCCUACCAGAUGAUAUCGGAGCACGCAGACGUGGAGUGGAAAUUCGCCCGGUGCAAGCUCUGGAUGAGCAACUUCGAGGACGGCGGUACGGUCCCUCCGCCCUUCAACGUGAUCCCGACUCCCAAGACCGUCAGUUACUUCCUCCGAUGGUGCUACCGCAAGCUUUGCGGCAACUCCCGGUCGGCAAAGAAGGAACACCUCAAGACUAUCAGGAGAAAAGCCAGGCAAGCCAGCGAGCGAGACAUGAAGUACCAGACUAUCAUGCGUAAUCUGGUACGGCGCUACAUCACAAGCGAGCAGCGCAAGGCGGACAACCAGGGGGUGACGGAAGAUGACGUCAACGAAAUCAAGCAAGAGAUCUCGUCUUUUCGGUACGAGCUACUCGAGGUGCUCAAGAUUGGCGGCUUCAACACCUCUGGGGCCAGUGGACAGAGCCAAGGCAUUGGAGGCAAGAAGGGCCGCCAGCGAGAGCGCCGACUCAUGAAGGGUUUCAACAUAGGCCUCAUCGAGGGCUCCGUGCCGAGCCCGCCCGAGAUCAACAUCGAGGAAGUGACGUCACGGAAGUCACCCGUCUCUCGGUUGGCCCGCCUGGCGCGCCUCGCCAGCAAGAACAAGGUGAAGCGCGGCCGCUGGGGCCACCUGGUGGAGGCCACGCGCAGCGCCCGCGCGGCCUUCUCGCGCAGCCGCAGCGAGGAGACGAUGAGCUCGAGCUCGUCCGGCUCGUCCGUAGGCCCCAAGGGGGGCGACUCGGUCUGCAACUCCGAGACGUCGCUCUCCAUGCGGGGCCGCAUCUCGCGCAAGUUCGGCACGCUCACCUUCAGCCGCUCGCGGCUCGCCUUCUUCUCCGAGCACGACUCGCUCCGCCACUCGUCCUCGGAGAAGCGCCGCGCGCACCGCACUGUCAGCGCACCGCCCUCGUCGGUGCUUCCGAGGGCUGCGAUGCAGGCGGAUCGCCAGGUUGCAGCCGAUGGCGCCUCGGGCGGCGGUUCGAGCAACGUGCUGGCAGCCGAGUGCAAGCUGUCGCCCAUUCCGAGCUGUGCCAGUUCGAAAGUGCCCACACCGAGGAACUCUAUAAACGGCACCCUCGAACCGGACGGGGCCUGCAUCGCCGGCGGUGCCGGCGACUACGUGGCCGCUGCCGCACUGGCCAUGGCGGCGACAGCCGACGACUUGCCGCCGCCCCCGCCGCCACCGACGGAGCCAUGCGACCUGCCCAUGGUCGUGGUGCAGCCUUCGUCGGAGCACGAGGACGCGCUCAAGGACUCGGACGAGUCGCCUGCAAACGGGUCCAUACCGCUUCUCACCAGAGUGUACGGGAUCGAACCCGUCGGCAAGCCGGCCAACAUGGGCUGGAUAUGACCGAGCGUCUCGGGGUCGUCGGCUGCCCACAAGCGCCGACGGCUCUUCCUUAUGCACACCAUGAGCCUGGACUGACGGUGACCAGAGGAAAGCAUAAAGAACAGUGGCUGUUACGACGUCAGGCGUGGGUGUCCAGGCGCUUCACGCGCACAAUGGCGCCUCUGUUCCGUUCUCGCUGCUGGUGUCAGUUCGACGUGUGUUCGACAUCUUCCUUUAGCUGCACUAUUCUUUUUUAUUAGCGGACAGGACUUGCAUACCGUCAACAUUUUUUCCUCUCGCUUCUUUUACCAGAUUUGCCUGUUUUGAGGUACUUAGUGUGUACCUACGACAGAGAUUCAGGAUCAUUAAAGUGUUCGAAUGGGUGUCAAAGAAAUUGCGGCGCUCGCGAAUGCAGUUCAUAAUUACGGAAUGCGGGGAGAUAAGUAAAUUCGUCGGCAUAGGAUGGAGCAGGCUUAAACAGGCCUUCGUUAUGACCUCGUAGCUUGUGGCCUGCGGCUUACGUGUUUGAUAGGCGAUGAUAAUAGUAAGUUCGCUGACUCAUUUUUACGUUUAUCACCUGAUAUUUCUAUGGAAUACGCUCGACCACGUGGGAACAGGAGCGAUUCGAUUACUAGUCGAGGGAUUCAAUUUGGAUCUGCACUUAGUGUUGCUAGGGCAAAAGGCGGAACAGAUCGAUAAGCUCGACGCGAGAAACAGAAGCCGCCACCCCGCCUAACCGCAGGACCGCCUGUCGGCAACUUUCACCAGUUAGCAAAGUCGACACUCCCGUACCGUCAUCCUCUGCACGUCAUAAAAAGAAAGAGCUCUUCUUCAAGCCUGCUGACAACUCGACUGGCAACGGAGUAGAGCUGUGUACAUAUACCCUGGUGGAUACGACUAGUCGAAGACACGAAAAAAAGAAGUGUGCCGAACUAAACUGUGAACUUUGUGCCAAGCCAUGCCAAGCAGCAAAGAAGAAACAAAAAAAGAAACGACUUUGGGGCCUCUCGAACGCUUUUUUUUUUUCCUUUUUUGACGUGUACCGUUUUCGCGAGUGAACCGGACCUCCUAUACGUUACCAGCGAGUUUUGCCGCUGUGUUAGUUUAGUGUUUUUCCUGUUUGUCUGUGAACGGGACUCACCGUUAGAGCUGCCGCCUGUUUCCGUGUUCCUUGCGGGAUCGAUGAAAUCUUGAAGUUGAAAGUGGCGUGUGAUUGAGUUUUGCGUUCGUGCAUCGCGCGCGUUUGUUUGCUCUAUGGGAAAAUGCUCGCUGGCGUAUUUAGUAUACUCUUAAGCGUGAAAACUUUGCGGUCGAUAUGUACAGCUUCCUCUCUUGCAGUUUCACUCGCUCUAUUUUUAUGUAAUUGCGUGCUGAUUGGUCACAAUGAUGGUUUGUUCAUCACCUCGAAACUGUGCACAUGGCAGAGCCCUAAAAAGCGUUUGUUGGAGCUUAUAGUCGCGCUAUGCUGGAAUAUUGGCAUCAACCUACGCCUUCAUUAUACGUUGAUCGCGCCGGAAACUUCGUUAACUGUAUACAAUUUGACCGAUGUGACUGACGGGAGUGCGGAUGUUACACAUUUUGAUGUUUGUUUGAUUGUUUAGUUUUGUUUCUCUUAACCCCCCAAAGAAAUAUGCAUUACGGCACCAGAUUUUACAGACAACGUUGAUACCAGAGCGUUGUGCAUCACGAUAUACCAACCGAAAUUGUAUGCGAACGAACAAAAUUCACGAAACGUGUCGUCUUUCUGCCACUUGGAAGGAAAUGGAGGUAAGGCUAAAGUAUUCGGCGAAACUAUCUCUGCAAGACAUGUGCACUAUUUUAAUGAUGUUCGAUUUCACCUCAGCACGGAAAAAAAAAGCUCUUUAGAGACAUAACUUCUAUAGCGACAUUUGUCAGGGUAGGCAUAGACCAUAACGCGUAAAAUCACAGAAGUCUUGUUUCAGCAAGCUCUCGGCAAAAAGAAACAAAUCGUGAACGAAUUUCGAUGCACUUGUUUUUUGCCUCACACUAGCGUGUAUACGGUGAGCUGACACGUAUUAAUGUUCUGUGCAGGCAUCCUACUCAGGUUCAUUUAACCACUUCUUUCUUAUUUACUAUUGACGUUCGCCAUCUUAGGAGAAAGUGUCUGUAACUAGAAAAUAAUCGAGGGCAAGUUAUCCUUCCUUGUCAAAGGACCACAACUGCGUUGUCAGCAAUCGCGUUCGUCAGUACUUUCAUUUUUGCCGGGUACAUGCUUCAGGACGCCAGCAUGCGGUAACAAUGCUACAUGUGGCCGCAUAUAGUUUUUGUUUUCUCUAGAAUA